UUAUUAAGCCCUAUACCAAAUCAUGAAGCCGGUCCAGGCCCUGCAACCCAAGCUUACAGAGAAAGGGUUCAAAAAAAAGAGUACGCUCCUGAAGAGAAUUUUCAAUCAAUCUGUGAAAUAGAAAAUGGCAUUGUAGAAAAAGAACCUCCCUCUGAAGAAAUAAAAUUUCUGAAAAAAAGACCUGAUACAGAAAGGCUAUAUAAAAGUUUGGAUGCU